GGAAGUCCUCCCGCCACCGUCGGCCUCCUGGAUCCCUUCGGUUCCUCCUCUCAGCUCCGGGCGCAAGGUCGUGGCCCGGAAGUAAAGGGGCCAUGUUGGUGGGUGACCCCAGGAGAGGUACCGGGCGAGAGGCGAAUCUCGAGUAGAGGAAGUGCGCGCGGUCCUCAGCUUGACGCCCAGCCCCUGUCAGUCCCCCAUGGCCUCAUGGAGCCGAGAGGCGGUGCUGAGUCUCUACCGGGCUCUGCUUCGCCAAGGCCGACAGCUUCGCUACACUGAUCGAGACUUCUACCUUGCCUCCAUCCGCCGUGAGUUCCGGAAAAAUCAGAAACUGGAGGAUCCUGAGGCCCGGGAGAAGCAGCUGGAAAAGGGCCUGGUCUUCCUCCACAGCAAGCUAGGAGGGAUCAUUUAG